AAAAAUUACUUCAGCCUGCAGCGCCUGCUUCUGGUUAUCAUCUACCUUUUCCACUUUUUGUUGGCUUUACAGCUCUGCUCCGUUCACCUUCCUCUUCCUCACUCUCACUCUCUAUUUCACCCGAUUUUUCGUCGUUUCCUUCUUUUUGUUAAAUGGGUUAUCGCCGGAAUCCUGGUUUUGUCUCACCUCACCGUCGCGAACCGCCUCUCAAAACUAGUUUCGUAUAGAAGACAAAACAGAGCAACCUCCCCAUCCUUGUUUUUUCUUCUUCAUCAUCCUUCGUUUGUCUACUCUCUGACUGUUUUCUAAUGGCUGCAGUUUUCCGUUCUAGAAGCCGCAUCCCUGUUUUCUUCAUUUUACUUCACCUUUUUCUUCUUCUUCAUUCAGUUCAAUCGGAGCCGGCCGCCGACAAGGAAGCACUUCUCGAUUUCUUGAAUCAAAUCCCCCAUGAGAAUCGCCUUCAAUGGAAUGCGUCGGCCUCUGCUUGUACUUGGGUUGGAGUUAGCUGUGAUGUCAAUCAGUCGUUUGUUUUUGCUCUCCGGUUGCCGGGUGUUGGACUUGUCGGCCCCAUUCCGGCGAAUACUCUGGGCCGCUUGAAUAGGCUUAGAGUUCUGAGUCUCCGGUCUAAUAAAAUCUCUGGGGAGUUGCCGGCGGAUUUUUCGAAUUUGACAUUUCUUCGGAGUCUUUAUCUUCAGGAUAACGAGCUUUCUGGUGAACUACCGGCGAGCGUGACUCAGUUGACUCGGUUGAAUCGUCUGGAUCUCUCGUCCAACAAUUUCACUGGUUCGAUUCCAUUUUCGAUCAAUAACUUGACCCAUUUGAGCGGGCUUUUUCUGGAGAAUAAUGGGUUUACGGGCUCUUUGCCGAGUAUUCCUGCGACUAAUUUAACGAGCUUCAAUGUCUCGAAUAACCAGCUCAAUGGAUCCAUUCCCGAAACCCUUUCGAAAUUCUCUGCUGCCUCUUUCGCUGGGAAUUUAGCGCUCUGCGGUGGUCCAUUGCCGUCAUGCAACCCGUUUUUUCCCUCCCCUGCUCCGUCGCCGACGUCCGCCGUGAAACCCCCAGAAGUUCCCGUCGAGAAGAAGUCGAAAAAGCUCUCCAUCGCUGCCAUUGUCGGAAUAGUCGUCGGCGCUGCUUUCGUUGCGUUUCUGUUGCUGCUUUUACUCAUUUUUUGCCUCCGGAAGCGCCAGAGUCGGCAGCCGGCGAAGCCAUCGAGUACGGUGGUUACUGCUCGAUCUGUGCCAGCGGAGGCCGGCACAUCGUCUUCCAAAGACGACAUCACCGGCGGGUCGGUGGAAGCGGAGAAAAACAAAUUAGUGUUCUUCGAAGGUGGGGUUUACAGUUUCGAUUUGGAGGAUUUAUUGAGGGCUUCAGCGGAGGUUUUGGGAAAAGGAAGUGUCGGAACGUCGUACAAGGCGGUGCUGGAAGAAGGAACCACCGUCGUCGUCAAGAGAUUGAAAGAUGUCGUAAUGACGAAGCAGGAAUUCGAAACGCAAAUAGAAGCUCUGGGAAAUGUCAAACAUGAAAAUGUGGUUCCUCUCAGAGCUUUCUACUUUUCCAGAGACGAGAAAUUACUUGUUUCCGAUUACAUGGCCGCCGGCAGCCUUUCCGCUUCACUUCACGGAAGCAGAGGAUCCGGCCGUACGCCGCUUAACUGGGACAACCGGAUGAAAAUCGCGUUACACGCAGCGAGAGGACUGGCUCAUCUUCACGUGUCGGGAAAACUCGUCCACGGCAACGUCAAAUCGUCGAACAUCCUCCUCCACCCCACUUACGACGCCGCCGUUUCCGACUACGGCCUCAACCCUCUCUUCGGCGCUACUACGCCGCCGAACCGUAUUGCCGGCUACCGCGCACCGGAGGUUGUCGAAACUCGAAAGGUCACCUUGAAGUCCGACGUGUACAGUUUUGGCGUCUUGCUGUUGGAGCUUUUGACCGGAAAAUCCCCAAUUCAGGCGUCGUUGGGCGAAGAAGGGAUUGAUCUUCCCCGGUGGGUCCAAUCAGUAGUCCGAGAGGAAUGGACAGCGGAGGUUUUUGAUGUGGAAUUGAUGAGGUACCACAAUAUCGAAGAGGAAAUGGUUCAGUUGUUACAAAUUGCGAUGGCUUGUGUCGCCACAGUGCCGGACCAGCGGCCGUCAAUGCAGGAAGUGGUUCGAAUGAUCGAGGACUUGAACCGUGUAGAGACCGAUGACGGCUUACGACCAUCAUCCGAUGACCCGUCAAAAGGAUCGGAAGGGCACACGCCGCCGCAGGAGUCCAGAGCCACCCCUCCCGGAAUCAGCGGAGCAGUGUAGAAAUUGUUUCUGUCCUCUUGUGAAAGCCGUAGAUUAGUGCACAGUUGGUAAAUAAGCGGUUAGAGUGUGCGGCCGAAGGGUAUCCGUCAUCGUCGGCGGCGGUGAUGAAUUUCCGUUCUGGGAUAGUUUGGGAAUUUCGUGUUAGNUUUUUUUUUUUU